UUAAACCCACCACCAUGGCCACGACUUCUUCUAACUCCAAAAGGCAUCCAAUGUAUCAUGGAAUCCGGAGCCGCGGUGGUAAAUGGGUUUCUGAAAUCCGGGAGCCACGCAAAACCACUCGUAUAUGGCUUGGCACAUUCCCAAAGCCGGAGAUGGCGGCGGCCGCAUAUGAUGUUGCAGCCCUGGCCCUAAAAGGUAAUGGUGCAGUUCUGAACUUCCCAAGUUCUGCUGGGACUUAUCCUGUGCCUGCUACGGCAUCAUCCACUGAUAUUCGUAACGCGGCAGCUGCUGCUGCUGCUUUUAAAAAGGCUGAACUGAGCUACAAUGAAGCGUUAGUUGAUCAACCAGGAAAUGACCAUAAUGCCAUUGGUGCGUAUUUAGCAUCAAGUGGAGAAGAAUUUGUUGAUGAGGAGGCACUGUUUGAUAUGCCAAAUUUGCUGGUGGACAUGGCAGGAGGGAUGCUGCUUUCGCCACCAAGAAUAACCUCGCCCCCGUCAGAUGAUUCACAGGGAAAUUCUGAUGGAGAAAGUCUGUGGAGUUAUUUUUAAUAUUGCUCCUUACUAUUGAUCUUUACAACUUCAUGAAUGGCUUAACAGCAUAAAGAAAGAAGCAAAAGGAUAUGCAUGGAAGUCACUACUGUGACCUUUUUUUUUUUGGGACUAUUUUGCCUGUCCUGAUGUAAGAAAUGAGCAAUAACAAAAUGAUGGAGGUUAGGAUGUGAAA